GCCUCCCCCACUCUGUGGAGCUGUUCCUGCUGCUGGCGAUUACGUUGCCAAACCUGGAGAUAAAGUUGCCGCACGUGUUAAAGCUUUAGAAGGUGAUGAGCAAUGGAUUUUAGCCGAGGUGGUCAGUUACAGCCAUGCUGCUAACAAGUAUGAAGUGGAUGACAUUGAUGAGGAAGGAAAAGAACGUCACACCUUGAGCCGUCGUCGGAUUAUUCCUCUUCCCCAAUGGAAAACCAACCCGGAAACAGAUCCUGAAGCUUUAUUCCAUAAAGAUCAACUGGUUUUAGCUCUUUACCCACAAACCACUUGUUUUUAUCGGGCUCUGAUUCAUGCGCCGCCGCAGAGG